AUGGCGUUUCCAUCUGGAUUUGUGGUAUUGCGAAACUUCACCACUAGCGAAGACCCAAUAACUUACAUUCAUAAUACCAAACAACUGGCUAUACAUUCAUACAUAAUGAACAUGAUCGGAAACCUGUCCCAUAGGGACAUAAUCGCGUUUAUUAUAAUCGUGGUCACACUAUUGACGCACUCGGGUCAGGCAUUUGAGUGGUUUAAGCCGAUGAAGCCGUUUAAAAGCCUGUUUGAACCAAUGAAACCAAUGGAAAUGAGACCCAUGAAACCCAUGUCGAUGGAGCCCAUGAGACCUAUGAUGCCUUUUCACAGCAUGUUUGGUGAUCAUCAACACCACGACGACCACCACAAUGACCACCACAAUGAGCACCACAACUGGCCAUUCAAUGGGUAUGGCUUUUCAAUGCGAUCGCCAGAUGGGAACGGCUUUACAAAUAUGAUCGCCACACCAAAUGGUCACUCAAGCGUUUCAAUGCACCGCUCGGGCAAUGGUAUGUCAUCCCAGUCUUCUUCCUCUUCAAGCGGUGGUUUCUUCGGACGAAAGAAGAAAUAG